CAAGGGCAGAGCUGGGUCCAGGGAAUCAGGGAAGAAAGAGCCCAGGAUCCUCAGGCCAGCACUGUCUGCACAGGGGAGAUGAAGGUCUCUGCAGCUGCUCUCUCCUUCCUCAUCCUUGCUGCUACCCUCGGAUCCCCUGCCCAUGGAUCCCUGGCCCAUGAAUCCUGGGAUGAUGAACCAAGCAUGGUGAUGCAUCAGUUGGAUCCCAGAGGGCCCUCUCACGGCUUUCACCGUCCUGCUGACUGCUGCCCGUCCUAUACCUCACGAAAAAUCCGAUGCAGAUUCAUGGAAAGUUACUUUGUAACGACCAGUGGGUGCUCCCAGCCUGCUGUCAUCUUCAUCACCAAAAGCGGGCAGCGUGUCUGUGCCAACCCCAAUAAAGCGGAAGUUCAGGAUUGUGUAAGGAAACUGAAGCAGGAUCAGGCUUUGGAGGAACCUGAGCAGGACUCAUUUGAGCUACUGAGCAAAUUGUUGACUGAUAAGAAGGGAUACUAGGUCCCAGCCACCCAUAUCCAUUCUCGCUUACCUCACCUUUUGGAAGCUUCUUGGCCGGAAUUAUUUUGUCAAAAGCAACAAUUACUGUUCCGUUCUGGUUAUAAAAACUGUGCAUUAAUAAAACGUA